AAACCGCGGGAAACGCUUCGUGAUCGACAACGCGCGCCCGCGCGCCAAAAAUCUGUCAGUGCGCUCGGCAGAAGCGCGACUCACGCGAGGAUCAUUUGUCAAGCUACAAUCAUUACACGAUGUUUCAUUUGUUGCAUCUCGCUGAUGAUCCCGUCGUUACAGAGUUAUAACCAGACACCAGACACUCGUCUCAGAGGCGAGACCGAUAUACUCUCGGGGUGUUCGAGAGUUGAAGAUGCGCGUCUCUCACACGAUUUGUCGCGCUCCCGUUGCCUGGAAUAAACGCGAGAUACUAUUUUCACGUGUUUCACAGCAUCAAAGUUCGAAAUCUUCAAAAUUAUAUCAUCUUUAAUUCAAAGGAGGAUAUAGAGAAACGUAGAGGAUUAAGAUACGAAAAGAUUGAGCCCAGCUUCCCCUACAGAGACGUAACUAUACGUCGAGGUGUCGAGUUCAAGGACGAUUAUGACAUUCAGGCGGAGCUCGGACGGGGUAAGUUCGGGAUUGUUUAUCGAUGCAAGGAAAAAGCGAACGGCUUGAUGCUCGCCGCGAAGGUGGUGAACAUCAUGAAGAAGGAGGAUAGACGAGCGGUGCAGAGGGAGGUCGACAUCAUGCGACGCUUGCAGCAUCCACGAUUGAUUCAACUGUACGAUGCCAUCGAUUCGGGGAAAAAGAUCCAUGUCAUUUUAGAAUUGAUCGACGGUGGCGAGCUCUUCGAGAGAGUGAUAGACGACGAUUUCGUGCUGACGGAACGCAGCUGCGCCGUUUUCAUGCGGCAAAUAUGCGAGGGAAUAGAGUUCAUGCACGGUCAGAAGAUCCUGCAUCUCGAUUUGAAGCCCGAAAAUAUCCUGUGUCUUACAAAAGAAGGCAACAGAAUCAAAAUCAUAGACUUUGGUCUGGCGAGGGUAUACGAUCCGAACAAGAAGCUGCAAGUGUUGUUUGGUACGCCCGAGUUUGUCGCCCCGGAAGUCGUGAAUUUCGACCAAAUCGGAUUCGGCACCGAUGUGUGGAGCAUAGGUGUUAUUUGUUAUGUUUUAUUGUCCGGUUUAUCACCGUUCAUGGGCGAUACAGAUAUAGAGACAAUGGCCAACGUCACUAUCGCCAAGUAUGACUUCGAUCACGAGGCUUUCGCCGAAAUCUCCGAUGACGCGAAGGAUUUCAUCAGGUGCCUCCUGGUAAAAGACAAGGAAAAGCGAUUCACGGCGGCGCAAUGUCGGGAACACCUCUGGCUGGCCCGCAAGACGAGCGCUAGGACUAGGACGGAGAAGGAGGUCGUGGGACUGGCGGAGGCCAAACGAAAGGCCUUGAUCGAGAAUCAUCCGCCGGUCGUAGGAUUCGCCGACGAUUACAAAGACGAGCUGGAUGUGACGAAGGAUAAUCUCAGGCUGUUCGUCGAGCGCUGGCGAGAACACCCGGACAGCCCGUACACAAUCGACACGUAUUACGCAUUGCCAAGGAACCCGACUCGUGAACGUGAUGAGUCGGUGUCCUUGCGAGCUCACAGUCCCUCGCCCUGCGACAGUCUUCCCAGCAGCAGCACGUUGUCGGAGAAGGUGCUGGAGCCUGUACGAGAUAAUUCCAGUAAUCUGUUAUCUGUGCCAAGUCUCAGUUUGUCCCUGGAGAGAAGAGCGUCCGAGGGUACGGCCAUGCGAAACCGUCGCGACCCUGCCAGUCAGAUUGCUCUCGCUGAGGAGAUCAUCAAGCUGUCGGAGCAUCUGCGUGCGAUCGCUAUGGGAGGGUCGCGCGCGAGCGAGGAGGAUGUGGACGAAAGUACGAUGAAUGCAGCGCAGUGUACCGUAAAAAAGAAGCUCGGCAACAACGUCGGUAACGCUCGUGGUACGUACGCGAAGAGCAGCGUCACGUUGUCCGUGUCUUGCAACGAAAAGGAAGAGACUAAUGAGAUCACAGAGAAACUGUCCAAUAUUACGAGGCAGCGAAAGCUCAACGGGACGACCUUUCACAGUAGCCGUAGCUUCGACAAAUACACACAGGAUACCAAUCCUGGAAACGUGUUCGUAGCUCUCCGGAGAACGAGCAUCGGCGACGGCGAGACGUCUGACAGGCGUAAGGGCAAGAAAUACUCUAUGGAACAGUCGACGGUGAUCUCCGAGACGAUCGAGGAGAAGUUCAAUGAAGAGAUGACGGGCAAAAGGUCUUUCCCCCAAGCGGCCUCCGUCAGCAGGCCAGAAGAGGAUGUGGAUAUGACGCCACCCUGGCGACGGUCGCGAGUCAAACGAUGCUUCGGCGAGACUAGCAGGGAUGUGCCGCGAAUAUCAAACUUGCGGGAUCUGCACAAGAAUCUGAACCUCGACGAGCCGAGUAGCGCCAAAGAUCUGCUGUUACAUCUGUUGGGCGAAUGGGACGAGGCCACCGCGACACCCUGUGCCGGUGCCGGCAGGAAGUCCGUCAGUAUAGACUGGUGUGCCGGAGACUCAAUCGCCCGGAGGACGAUGAACUCGUUGGCGGAGUACUUCCAGUCGAAGCAGCAGGAAGAGCAACCUCCCGACCACGUCGGGUCCUCGACGUCACCAUCGAUAUAUCGCUGAACGUAGAACGCGCGUGUCCGCGAAUCGCGUACGAGUACACGUUCACGGUUCGUGCUUCGGUCGCGCGCGGAUUUCUCAGGACAACGCACGACGUUUUAUCAUAUUAUGUAGUCUUAUUCAGUCGUGAAUCUGUCUUUUUAGAGCGACCCUCACGCGCCUCGGCGCCUUUCAGAUGAGAUAUACGCAUCGCAGAGGUCUGAGACGAUAUUUAUAAUCCUCGAUAAUAAAUAUAAGAGUCAUUGAUAUCUUUCAUGUUUUAGAGAGGUUGAGAAAGAAAAAUUGAGAUGGGAAUUUUCAGUUCGCGAAGUUGCGAAUUUCUAAUCCUCGAAACCGGAGACUGAUUUCACUGAUUGUCAUAUUCCUCUCGGUCGUAUUCCUUCUUGCCAUUCCUGCCUAUUCAUUUUGAUCCGCGCGAAGACGAUUAGUCGGGAAUUAAGGAACGAAUUAGAUUUGCUAGUAACCGAAGAGCUACUGUCUCUAAAUUAAACGCGAGAGCUUUUGCUACGCUACCAUAAACACACCCUCAAAUGGAGCUGAAAGCUUGAUAUGAUACGAUCGUGCGUAAAUUUCUACUUCUCAUUGAAGCACAGAAUGAACUCAGCCUUGAUUCUCUGCAAGUUAAUAUUCCAUCGUGAUGCUUUUAACAAAAAAGACAAUGCGAGACAGCUUCUCAUUUCUCUCGGUUUUGAGAAUUCUCUUCGUCUGUAAACUGCAGCUUUCAAAACACGUUUAAGCGAAAUAGUAGUAUUAUUCUGUCAUAUUGUAGUGUAUUAUAGUGUAGUGUAUCAUAGUAAUUUUAAUUCCGUUCCGAGACUCGUAAUGGAUAGCAGGCUAAACUUAGAUUUUUUACUAAGAAUGCUGCACUAAAUUUGCGAGAAGGAUAGAGAGAGUUGAUUGCAAUAACAUACGUAUAUUUAUACAUUUCUGAUCAAAAAUGGUUUGUUUAUAUUUUAUAUUUAAUACAAAACACCGUAGCAUAUAAGAAGAAUCGUGACAUCUGAUUAUUUUGUUCGUUAUUUCUCAUAUCGGUGUCCAUGUAAUUAACUCGUUGCAAGUAACUUCUUAAAAAAGUAAGAUCUACAGAGAAUGUAAGAAAUGAAUCAAAUUGUAAUAACAGACGCUUCGAUCAAUCUGAAGUCGAUUGUUCUUGUCUUCAUUUUUCGCGAAUCGUCUGUAUUGUUUUCAACUCUCGUAUUUUAUCACAGUUGUAUCGUUCAUGCGAUAAUGCGAGACGCGAAAGAGAACAUUCUUGUUGUUACUAGUUAGUCUACAUGUGAUAAAUAUAUCGAGAAAUUGAUUAGUUUUCUUGCUCUAGGAAUAGACCAUCUCCUGGCAAACUUAUAGAGCACCGUUGGCUGGAAGCCGCUGUGGAGAAUCCAAUUCAGAAG